AUGCGAGUUUGCGAAAGCGCCGACUCAGCCCUCUCCCUCUGCUCGCGGGACCCCUCCAAAGUCCUAGGAGUGACAGUCGGCUCCCACAACGUCACUCCCGGCCAGUUCAUCCCACGAGGAGAAGCCCAAUCCAUCCCCGAAAUCACCUUCACCAACACCACCGCCAACAAAACCUACCUCCUUGUCAGUAUCGACCUCGACGGCCCCUUCCCCUCCUUCUCCAUCCUAAGCCCCAUCCUGCACUGGAUCCAGCCCUCCCUCCAUCCCACCCCAUCCAAUGACGGCACCACCACGACCUUGAACGCGAAUGUGCCCUUCAUCGCGAACUGGAUCGGCCCGGAGCCCCCGCCGGGAAGUGGCCCGCACCGCUAUGUGUUUUUGCUGUAUGAGCAGCCGGAGGGGUUUGAGGGUGCUGCCGGAAAGUAUAGGCCCCAGGGGGGAAAGGAGAUGGGGAUUUGGGGAAGGGUGAGGUUUGAUUUGGAUGGGUUUGAGAGGGAGGUUGGGCUCGAGAAGGCUGUUGCGGCAAAUUAUUUUUUUAGUAACUGA